CUCACCUAAUAACAAAGUAUUCUUCAUUUCUUCUUAUUCAAUUAUUAUAGUAAAUUAAUAAAUCCCUUCUAGAACCAAAAAGAAAAUCGCUUCUCAUGUGAAUUCAGCUUUUGUGUUUCCAGCCCAGCACCAGAAUACAGAAUUGCCACUGUGGUGCCUCACCACAAAAAAAGGUUACCAUUAUGCAUCCUCCAAUUGUGAGGGAUUGGAUUCCACAUUUGACAUUUUUUGUUUUAAUACAAAUAUUAGUUUAUGUAACGGUCCACAAUUUUCAACUUAUGAAAUGAAAUGCAUCAACAAAGGUGAAAGUUGGCAAUCCAUCAAACUAAAAUGAAUUGCCAUCAAAUUAGUAUAUGUUUGUUUUCACAUUUGAGUUGAAAACUUGUCUAUAUAUAUUCUUUUUGCUUUGCUAUAGUUGCAUAUAUACUUAUAAUAAUGGGUGAUAGAUUAAAAGCCAGAAAAAGCAAAAGCAGUUAUUUCCCAUUUACCAGAAAUAGUACUGAUGGUGCUUGCUUUGAUCAUCAUAAGUUUCUUAGUUCAAAACAUACUAUGGAAAAAGAACUUGCCUGCAUUCGUUGCAAACGAAAGUUUGUAGUACCAACAAAAAUAGGUACAUAUCGUUGCUGUGAGUGCCAAGGUGUUAGCAAAUCGAUUUCAGGUUAUAAGCAAUUAAGAGAAAAUAGUUUAGGAGCCAAAUUUUUCAACCAAGAUCAACUACACAAUGCUAGCACAAAUGCAACAAGUUUUUCCUCACCCUUGUUGUCCACAACUCCAACUGGUAACAAGCGCGCGGUUCUUUGUGGAGUUAGUUACAGCAGAAGACGAUACAGGCUCAAGGGAACCGUUAAUGAUGUUGUAAACAUGAACUCUCUACUGGUUGAGAAUUUUGCAUUCCCAAUUCAAUCCAUACGUGUCCUCACAGAAGAACAGAAGGAUCCAAAUUUGAUUCCAACAAGGAGGAAUAUAGUGGAAUCUUUAAAGUGGCUGGUGAAGGAUUGCCAAUCAGGAGACUCGUUGGUAUUCUACUUCUCCGGACAUGGUAUGCAACAACUGGCAGAUGACAAAGAAGAUGAAAUUGAUGGACUUGAUGAAACUAUUUGCCCUGUUGAUUUUAUUAGAGAAGGAAUGAUCACUGACAAUGAAAUCAAUUCUACCAUUGUUGAGCCACUCAAGAAUGGUGUUAAACUUCAUGCUAUUAUUGAUGCUUGUCAUAGUGGAACAACUCUUGAUCUCAUGCAUGUUUAUAAAAAGGACAAUGGCAAUUGGAAAUGGAUGAAUAAUAAUCCCCCCGGCACAGAACCUGUUACUAAACGUACAAAUGGUGGAACAGCCAUUUGCUUCAGUGCUUGUGAAGAUAGUCAGUUGGCUGCUGAUACAGCAGCUUUUGGAGGAAAAGAGAUGAACGGUGUUAUGACCUAUCUUUUAGCAAAAAUAAUCAGAGAACAUUCUGGGAUUACAUAUGCCAGUUUGCUAGAAAAAUUGCACGAGGAUAUUGCCAAGAUUCAACGAAGCAAACACUUCAGCGGGUUCUUGAGACGUAUUUUUCACCGUAGAAUUGACCAGGACCCUCUUUUAUCAGCAUCGGAGAAAUUUGAUGUUCGUACGAGAAUAUUAUUUUGAGCAUGCACAUUGAAACAAAAAAAGAAAAAACUUAAAUUGGCAUAUGGCCACAUUCUUAAUGAUGUGAUCUACUCUGCAGCUCAUUGAGCUAAAGCAGGAAAGUUAUUAUUGCAUCAGCUAUCAGCCAUAUAUUACAUCAGUUAUUCAAAGUUCUUGAUCAGUCCAUAUCUUAUCAAUGUAAUUUACUUAUUAAACACUGUAUCUAUUUACAACAUACCAUAACUUACAUGAAGUUUAUUCUAAAU